AUGAUGUAUUGCACAAAUUUUGAUAUUCAACAAAUAUGUGGAAAUAAUAACUUUGGUUGGACUUUCAAACAAUCUGCUGGCAGUUCAGGAGGAAUGAUUAUUUUAUGGAAUAAGGAUAUUCUGGAUGUUCAUGACUCCUUGGUUGGUGAAUUUACUCUCUCUAUUUCUUGUUCAAACAAAGAUGAUGGUUUUAAAUGGAUCCUAACCAAUGUGUAUGGUCCUAAUAAACCUCAUGAGAGAGAUAGUUUUUGGGAGGAACUGGAUAAUGUUUACAUUUUUUGGGAUCUUCCCUGGUGUAUUGGAGGGGAUUUUAACACUGUUCUCAGUUGUGAUGAGAAAAAAAACAGUUCCAAAGUUACAAAGAGCAUGAAUAGUUUUUCUAGUUUCAUUGCUCAACAUGAACUCAUUAAUCUUCCGCUUAAAGGUGCCAGAUACACUUGGUCCAACAACCAAUCUAACCCUGCCAUGUGUAGAUUGGACAGAUUCUUGCUCUCUCCUUCUUUUGAUCUCAAAUUUCCUUUAGCUUCUCAACUUGCUAAACCUAGACCAACUUCAGAUCAUAUUCCUCUUAUUCUUGACCUCUCGCAUCCUUCUUGGGGUCCAAGUCCUUUUAGGUUUGAGACUCUUUGGUUUUGGGAAAAUGGUUUUGUUGAAAUGCUGGAAAAUUGGUGGAACUCUUUUUGUUUUGCAGGUACACCAAGUGAGAUUUUUUGGUUAAAGCUAAAAGAACUGAAAGCAUUACUUAAAGUGUGGAACAAAGACACAUUUGGGCAUACAACAACACAACUCCAAAAUAUUUUGUCUGACAUUGAGGUAAUUGAUAGUAUUUCCCAAAAUAAAAGUUUGUCUGAAGAACAAGUCAGAGCUAAGAUUCAUCUUCAAGCUGAUUUUGAAAAAAUUACUCUUAUGGGGGAGACUGCUUGGAGAAUUAAAUCAAAAUCUAAAUGGAUAAAGGAGGGAGAUAGAAAUACUGAUCAUUUUAUGAGGAUUGCUGCUGCAAAAAGGAGGUAUAACAAAAUUAGACAAUUAUACAUUGAAGGAGUUUUGGUUUCUGACAAAUCAGUUUUGCAGGAUCAUAUUGUUUCCUUUUACAAAUCUUUAUUUACUGAGGAGAUGUUAAUUAGACCUGAACUUGAGGAUGUUCAUUUUGAUCAAAUCAAUGCUGCAUAA